AUGGCUGAACAGCGACUGUACAGCCAUGCCCAGCCUGCCGGUGGCGUUGUACGACUAGCAGACCAGCUUGAGAAGCCGCUCCUCGACGACCGACAGUACCGAGUCGUCAAGCUCAGCAAUGAGCUGGAGGUACUCCUCAUCCAUGACCCUGCCACUGACAAGGCCUCGGCGGCCAUGGAUGUCAAUGUCGGCAGCUUCAGCGACGCCGAUGAUCUACCAGGAAUGGCACAUGCAGUCGAGCACUUGCUUUUCAUGGGCACGGAGAAGUAUCCAGGAGAGAACGACUACAACCAGUAUCUGACCAAGUAUGGCGGCUACUCGAAUGCUUUCACUGCCGCCACGUCAACGAAUUACUAUUUCGAGCUCUCCGCUUCCGCGACAUCGAACAGCCCUUCGUCUUCCGCGAAUGUCAGCAAGGAGAGCUUGGCCGUUUCGGUACCGAAGAACAAGGCACCGCUAUAUGGCGCAUUGGAUCGGUUUGCACAGUUCUUCGUAAAGCCUCUCUUCCUUGAAGAUACGCUAGACCGGGAGCUGAAAGCCGUGGACAGCGAGAACAAGAAGAACUUGCAGGCGGACAAUUGGCGGUUCAAUCAACUGGACAAGAGCUUGGCCAGCAAGAAGCACCCGUUUCAUAAGUUCUCUACCGGCAACUACAAGGUUUUGCACGAUGACCCCAUCGAGCGAGGCGUCAAGAUAAGGGAGGCCUUCAUCAACUUUUACGAGCAGCAUUACUCGGCUAAUCGGAUGAAGCUAUGCAUACUUGGCAGAGAGUCAUUGGAUCAGCUGCAAGCGUGGGCUGAAGAGCUGUUUACGGACGUGCCAAACCAGGCGCUACCGCAGCUGCGAUGGGACGGUCUGUCAGUAUACGAUGAGAACGAUGUCUGCACCCAGGUCUUUGCCAAGCCAGUCAUGGAUAAGAAGCUGAUAGAUCUUCACUUCACUUAUCCAGACGAGGAAGAGAUGUGGGAGUCCAAGCCGAGCCGAUACUUAAGCCAUCUGAUUGGCCACGAGGGUCCUGGUAGCAUUCUUGCGCAUCUGAAGGCCAAGGGCUGGGCAAACGGCUUGAAUGCAGGUGCCUCGACCGUCUGUCCUGGCUCAGGAGUGAUGAUGGUGCAAAUCCAACUUACGGAAGACGGUCUGAAGCAAUACAAGGAGGUCGUGAAAGUAUUCUUCAAUUACGUCGCCAUGCUGAAGGAGGAGCCGCCGCACCGCUGGAUCUUCGAGGAGUCCAGCAAGCUGCAAGACGUCAACUUCAUGUUUCAGGAAAAGUCACGAGCGUCGAGUACGACCAGCUGGAUGUCAGGAGUCAUGCAGAAGCCACUCCCGCGAGAUCGGCUGCUCAGCGGACAGUUCGUGCUCACCAAGUUCGAACCCGAGAGCAUCAAGCGCGGACUUGCUCAUCUCAGCCCGGACAAUUUCCGCUUCAUCCUCAUCAGCAGGGAGCUUCCCGUUGACACGGAUAGUAAGGAAGAGUGGUAUGGCACAGAGUAUAAGUACGAGAAGAUACCUGCAGACUUCCUGAAGGAGAUCACGAAAGCUGCGAAAGCGAGCGCAAAUGAGCGGCCACCGGAGCUGCAUCUACCAGCCAAGAACGAAUUUGUACCACAACGGCUUGAUGUGGAGAAAAGGGAAGUUGUAGAACCUGCGCUCACUCCAAAGCUAAUCCGCAAUACCGACAACGUGCGGACAUGGUUUAAGAAGGACGACCAGUUCUGGGUGCCGAGAGCCACCGUUCAAGUAUGCUUUCGAACACCCCUACUCAGCACGACGCCCCUGACAGCGGUCAUGGGUCAGAUGUACGGCAAGCUUGUGGAAGACAGCUUGCAAGAAUACGCCUAUGAUGCCGAGAUCGCUGGUCUGGAUUACAGCAUUUCAAUGCAUAAUCAAGGCAUCGAUGUUAGUGUCUCCGGCUAUAACGACAAGCUGCCGGUGUUGCUCGAGAAGGUGUUGCUCCGUAUGCGAGACCUCGAGAUUAAGCAAGACCGCUUCGACAUCACCAAAGAGUGGGUCACGCGGAGUAUGAAGGAUCUCGAGUAUCAAGAUCCGUUCCGGCAGAUCUCUACUUACAGCCGCUGGCUCGUGAACGAAAAGGCUUGGAUUGCAGAACAGAUAGUCGAAGAGCUACCGGCCUUAACGGCUGACGAUGUCCGCGCUUUCUUCCCGCAGGUCCUGAAACAAAUGCACGUUGAGCUACUCGUGCACGGCAAUCUGUACAAAGAAGACGCGCUGCGCAUCACGGAUAUGGUGAUGCACACGCUGAAGCCGAGACGCUUACCGCCAAGCCAAUGGCCCGUCAAGAGAGCCAUCGAGGUGCCGCAAGGAUCGGACUUUACGUACCCUCGCACGCUGAAGGACCCCAAGAACAUCAAUCACUGCAUCGAUUACAGCUUGCACCUUGGCAACAAUAUCGAGCGAUCUUUGCGCGCCAAGCUGUUGCUGUUCGCACAGAUGACGAGCGAGCCUUGCUUCGACCAGUUACGGACGAAGGAACAGCUCGGGUAUGUAGUCAGCAGUGGCGCAGCCAUUUACGGCACUUUGUACUCGUACCGUGUUUUGAUUCAAUCCGAGAAGGAUUGUGAGUAUUUGACUGGCAGGAUCGAGAACUGGCUGGUUGGGUACGAGCAGGCCCUGCUGGACAUGCCCGAUAGCGAAUUUGAGGAGCACAAGAUUGGGUUGAUCAAUAAGCGAUUGGAGAAGCUGAAGAAUCUGGGACAGGAGACAGCUCGCUUCUGGCAUCAUGUCGUUAGCGAGCAGUUUGACUUUGAGCUCGCGUACCGCGAUGUCGAGCACAUCGAAGUCCUGACCAAGAAGGACAUGUUGAACUUCUACAAGGCGUACAUGCACCCAAGCUCGCAGACGAGAGCGAAGACGGCGGUCCAUCUCAAGGCGCAGUCUUCGGUUCGCGAAAUUGCGAAGAAGACCGAUCCGAAGGAGCAGCGUGAGAAGCUGGCUGCCACGCUGACCAAUAUACUCGGCCAACUAGGCGUGCAAGCAGAGCCCACCAAGCUUGCUGCACGGCUCGAGAAAGUCGAUGUGGCCGCUGGUGACACGCAAGGCAUCCUUAACGCCCUGGGCGAGUACCUCAAGGAAGGCGCCGGCGCUGCUACGGAGCAGGUGCAGCAGGUUAUGGGACAGGGUCAGACCGUAUUGGCGCAGGUGCUGCCAUUGCUUGGCAUUUCGCCGAAUGCUUCGGCGAAGGGGGAGCGUGAAAAUGACGUGGCGAAGACAGAUAGAGAAGUGCUGCCGGAGAGACAGAGCCAGUCAGUGAUGAUUGAGGACGUGAAGGCUUGGAAGGCGAGCAUGCCACUAAGUGCGGGUGCGAAGGCGGUGAAACCAUUGAGUAACUUCGAGGAUUUGGAGUCGAAAUUGUGA